CGAGGAAGAUGCCACCGCCGCGCCGCCGUCCUGGCCGCCGCGUCCUUUUCCUCCUCCUGGCCCUGCUGCUGCCCUCACCGCCCCCAACGCGCGCCCCAGCGCCCCCGGGCCCCGCCGCCGCUCUGCUCCAGGCUCUCGGGCUGCCCGACGUGCACCGGGGCGCCCCCACGCCCCGGCCCGUACCCCCCGUCAUGUGGCGCCUCUUCCGCCACCGGGACCCCCAGGAGGCCAGGGUGGGCCCGCGGCGGACGCCCCAGGGGACCACCCUGAGACCGUGCCACGUGGAGGAGCUGGGGGUCGCCGGAAACAUCGUGCGCCACAUCCCGGACCGCGGUGCGCCCACCCGACCCCCGGAGCCCGCACGGGCCGCGGGGCAGUGCCCUGAGUGGACCGUCGUCUUCGAUCUCGCGGCCGUGGAACCCGCAGAGCGCCCGAGCCGAGCCCGCCUGGAGCUGCGCUUCGCGGCGGCGGAGGCGCCGUUCGGCUGGGAGCUGAGCAUAAGGCAGGCGGCGGAGGGCGCGGGCGCGGGCGCCGGCGCGCUCAUGCACGCGGCUGCCCCCGGCGCCGGCGGCCUGCCCUGCUGCGUGCCCGCGCGCCUGUCGCCCAUUUCCGUGCUCUUCUUUGACAACAGCGACAACGUGGUCCUGCGGCACUACGAGGACAUGGUGGUGGACGAGUGUGGCUGCCGUUGACGGGGCCAGAUGGGGGGCCCAGACAAUAAACACUGCGUGGUCCGC